UUAAGAUAUGUAAAUUAAUUUGUGAUUUUUGUUCAAGAUUUAUUUUCCUUGUCUAACCAUUUUCCAUUUAUAUGAAAGUUAACAUAAUUAUCACAACGACAUCUAUUAUAAAUUAUAAUGCUACCUUAAUAAGAACAUCACCCUUCAUCUAACUACAUUAGAGAAUCAAAGAUUGAAAAAAAAAAAAAAAAGACGUUUUCAUGGAUACUUCAACGGAGAUCAACCAAAAACCAGUUCGUGUGUUGAUGUUUCCAUGGUUGGGACAUGGACACAUUUCUCCGUUUCUCGAGUUAGCCAAAAAGCUCGUCACGAGAAACUUCACCAUCUACUUGUGCUCCACCCCCGCAAAUUUCAUUUCCAUCAAACAAAAACUCAUUAACGAAAGCUUGACCGAAAAAAUUCACCUCGUUGAGCUUCGACUUCCCUCUUCUCCCGACCUUCCUCCAAAUUACCACACCACCAACGGCCUCCCACCCCAUCUCAUGUCCACACUCAAGAAGGCGUUUGACAAGUCCCGUCCAAUUUUCACCCAAAUCCUCAAUACCAUUAAACCCGACUUGCUUCUUUACGAUUUGCUUCAACCAUGGGCUCCAAUAGUAGCAUCGAAAAAAAAUAUCCCAUCGGUUGUUUUUGCCACGAGUAGCGCCACCAUGUUUUCCCACAUGUUUCACACUUUCAGGUACCCUAACUCGGAGUUUCCCUUCUCCUCUAUUUAUUAUCGCGAUUACGAGUUCACUCGUAUGCUCAAAAAGCAAGAUUUGGAACCUAUUGAGCAACAACAAAAAGAUAAAACUAGUCUUAAGUUGUGCUUCAAGAGGUCUUCUAACAUUGUUUUGAUUAAGGGUUUUGAGGAAAUUGAUGGUAAAUAUUGUGACUACAUAUCUAGUUUGACCAAGAAGAAAAUCAUCCCUGUGGGUCCACUAGUUCAAGAACCUACAAGUGAAGAUGGCAACUCACAAAUCCUAACAUGGUUGAAUCAAAAACAAAAAGGGUCAACUGUUUUUGUUUCUUUUGGGAGUGAAUAUUUUUUGUCUCAGGAAGAUAGGGAAGAGAUUGCUCAUGGGCUAGAGCAAAGUAGGGUUAAUUUUAUUUGGGUUGUGAGGUUUCCAAAAGGUGGAAAACUCAAACUUGAAGAAGCAUUGCCACAUGGAUUUUUCAAGAAAGUUGGUGAAAGGGGGAUGGUAGUUGAAGAUUGGGCCCCACAAGCAAAAAUAUUAGGAAAUUCUAAUAUCGGCGGAUUCGUGAGUCAUUGUGGAUGGAAUUCUGUUAUGGAAAGUAUGAAAAUUGGUGUUCCAAUAAUUGCUAUGCCAAUGCAUCUUGAUCAACCAUUGAAUGCUAGGCUUGUGGAAGAAGUAGGUGUUGGUUUGGAAGUUGUUAGGGACAAAGAUGGAAAACUUGAUAGUGAAACAAUAGCUCAAGUUAUCAAUAAGGUUGUUUUAGACAAAAGUGGAGAAUCCAUGAGGGCAAAAGCAAAGAAGAUGAGUGAAACAAUUAGAGCCAAAGGUGAUGAAGAGAUUGAUGAUGUUGUCCAAGAAUUGCUCAAACUUUGCAAGAGAGCAAAUGUUGUCUAGUUAGCUUUUGAGGAUUUGCAUGUGUUUUUCUAUUUUUUUUUUUUUUUUUUUUUUUUUUAGGUUUCAGUAUCAUGCUUAUGAACUUAGGCAUGUAUUGGUGGAGUACUAAUUUUUUGUACUCCUCAAUUAGGUCUUGUUUUGAAUGAUGUUUAUCUUAGCUAGCUAGACAAACUGAUCUGAGACUAGCAAAUAUGAAUGUCAAAAUUUGCAUUAGUUCAAUAAAAAGUUGAAGUUAAUUAACUUUUAAUGUUGGUUCUAUUUUAGCAGAGGACAACUAUUGAAGCUUAUGCAAUUUCUUCUUCUUUUUUUUGUUUGAUCAUAAGACAUGUAUAAGACUAAGUUUCUUUGACUCGAUUUGUUUCCUUCCAU